AUGCCGCCUCGUCAACGCCCAAUCUCGCGCGUCCUCAUCGCCAACCGCGGCGAAAUCGCAAUCCGAAUACUCCAAUCAUGCCACGAACUGCCACAGCCCCCGACAACCUUUGCAAUCUAUACGGACAACGACUCGACGCACAUCUCGCUGGGCCGACCUCACCACGCCAUCAAGGCCGCUCACGGCCCGGCGUCGUACAUGAACGUCGACUACCUGAUUGGCUUGGUCAGGGAGAACCAGAUCGACGCGGUGCACCCGGGCUAUGGGUUCCUCAGCGAGAGCGCAGAGUUCUCCAGGAGGAUGUGGACUGAGGCCGGGUGUGUGGUGGUCGGGCCUGGCUGGGAGGUGCUGGAGAGGACGGGGGAUAAGCUGAUGGCCAAGGCAUUGGCGGCCGAGUGCGAUGUUCCCGUUCUCAAGGCCAUGGAGAGGCCAACGGGUAGCGUGGACGACGUCACGAGGUUCGCAGCCAGCGUUGGGUACCCGUUGAUGAUCAAGGCUGUGGACGGUGGUGGCGGGCGCGGGAUUCGCCUAGUCAAAGACCAAGAUGGGCUGGAGAACGCUGUGCAGAGGUGCGUGGCUGAGUCGCCCAGUCGUCUGGUCUUUGCCGAGCAGGCAGCUGUCGACGGCUACAAGCAUAUUGAAGUCCAGAUUGUCGGUGAUGGACGAGGCGGCGUCAGGCACUUGUGGGAAAGAGACUGCAGUGUCCAGCGCCGGUUCCAGAAGAUUGUCGAGGUCGCUCCGGCGCCGGUGCAGAGCAGGAGAGUCAUUGCGCAGGUCAUCGACUCGGCCGUCAGGAUGGCAGGGAAGCUGAAAUACCUGGGCCUGGGAACCUGGGAGUACCUCGUCAACGUCGAGCAAGGCAAGUUCUUCUUCCUCGAGAUCAACCCCAGGCUGCAGGUCGAGCACACCAUCACCGAAUGCAUCACCGGCGUCGACCUGGUGAAGGAGCAGCUCCUUCUCGCUCAGGGCCUGCAGAAGCCAGCAGACACCAGACUGGCAGAGUUGCGCGAGGCCGACAAAGCACCGCCCGCAGCAUCAAUCCAACUGAGACUCUGCGCCGAAGACCCUCUCUCGGGCUUCUCACUGAGCAUCGGCAAGGUCACAGACGUACAGUUCCCGUCUGGAAACGGCGUCCGGGUCGACAGCCACUUGUCGCGCGGAGGCGUGGUGGGAUCCGACUUUGACAACAUGAUGGCCAAGAUCAUCGUCACAGCACCGAAUUUUGAAGAAUGCGUCGCAAAGGCGCGCAGGGCGCUGGAAGAGACAAAAGUCUUUGGUGUGAAGACGAACCUGAAUCUCCUCAAGGCCAUCCUGACGGACACGGCCUUUGCGGCCGGCAGCGCAGACACGAGCUGGUUGGAGAAGAACCUGGACCGCCUCGUCCCGGCUGGGGAACAACUCGCCAGCAUCGCUGAACAACGGGACUCUCUUCUCCCAGCCUUGUCAUUAUCAGGCCACGCACAAGGCUCCGCCAUAGGCAGCUCUUCGACGCUGUUCAGAAAAGGCGAUGCCUGGACGCUGGUGCUGGAGAAUCCCUCUGACAGGCAAUCCUCGAGCAGUAGCCCCAUCAAACCACCCGCGCACCACCUCUCCAUCUCGCGCGUCACGCGCAACGAAUUCCCCGCGGCCCUCAUCGCCGACAUCGCCUACACCGUGCCGGGCUCCAAGACGCAGUCCUACAAAAUGACACUGAACAGCACGACGUCCUCGGCCGACGCCGCCGCCUCGACGCACCGGCGCGGCGACCCGACCAAGAAGACGCACAUCGUGCUCCCCAUGAGCGGCAAGCUGGUCGAAGUGCUGGUCGACGUCGGCGACGAGGUGCGCGAGAACGAGGUGAUUGCCUUCGUCAAGCAGAUGAAGAUGGAGUUGGAGGUCAGAUCGCCCCGGGCCGGCAGGAUCAAGUGGGUGAUUGAAAUGGAACAUGAGGAGGAGGGCGACGACGUCGCCGAGGGGGUGUUACUUGUUGAGCUUGAAGACGAGGCGGGCGAGAGCAGCGCACCAAAGCCCGAGGUUAGAUCUAGAUUGUGA